AUGGCAGCGCGGAGGUGGCUCCUCUGGCCGGGAGGGACCACGCUGGAGCAAUUCAAGGAGUGGCUGAAGCAGUUCGACGUGGACGGCGACGGCCGGAUCAGCAAGGCGGAGCUCCGCCAGGCCAUCCGCCGCCGGGGCUGCUGGUUCGCCACCCUCAGGGCUGGCCGAGCCCUCCGCCACGCCGACAGGGACAAGAGCGGCUACAUUGAAGACGCCGAGAUUGAGAAUCUCGUCGCGUUCGCGCAGAAAGACCUCGGCAUGAAGAUCUCUGCCUGUGAAGUACAGACCUGA